AUGUCCCACCUCAAAGCGAUGAGUCGAUCCAAACUCACGCGCGCUAUCGCAUUACUACUAGUGCUGUACUUCGCCUUCGUGUCCCUCCACACCAUCGACAGCCCAAUUGACAGUAUAGAAUCAACCUCUCUGCCUCACAGAAAUACCUUCUCGGCAGUAAUAGCUGCAUUCGCCAGCGCUGUCACCUGGGAUGUGGCUCAGGAACUCCUCCCACCAGACUUGUCACCCGAAAUCGAGAUGGCGAUGGAGACUACUGACAGGGCUGAGUCCUGGAAAUACGAUUUUUCCCGGGAGGGUAGACGGGUCCAGAUUCCCGAGUUUUAUUAUGACUUCACGCAGCCGAGCCCCCGCGUGCAGAGCUACGACCCGCGUUUUCUAUGGGGGAUCUAUCUUCGCCAUAUCACCAACCAGCUCGAGACCCAUGCACCCCCCUCCAUUCCGUUUGUGUGGUCCGAAUGGGUGGACCUCUCGCCGCUAGAUGAGUUCAUUACCCUUCCAGAGGACCAGAAGCCCACAUGUGGUGAUGUGAAGGACAAGGCGGAGUUCGUAGACUACCGGAAGAUGCUUGCCCGGGUGGAAGAAGCCAAACAUGACGGAACUGAAUCGGAAACAGACCGCAAGGCACGUCUUAUCGAGGAGUUCCGUAUGCCAUACUGCGUCAAUACGUUUGGGGAACCAAGUUCACCGGGCUUCCAAAUCGUGGAACCGACGUUGGAAACGUCCACGGCGCGGAUUAAGGCGCUCCACGCAAUGUCCUACCUUUUGGGUCCUGCCCCUGCCCCGGAACUGAUCGUAUUUCUCUUACGGAACGGUGCUGUGGUGGUGGGGCUCGAGAAGGGCAACCCGUUGCAUGUUAACCACACGCUAGUGGAGCUCUAUAUGGAGCUGGGAACGACCGUGGUGGACGUGAAAGCGGAUAUUGAGGCACUCAGAAAGGCAGUGAAGGGAGGAAAAGCUCUGGCGAAAAGGAAGAAUAGUGGCAAUCAAGCAGAGACCAGGAGAGCCGAGCCUAGGGGAACAGGCCAAGAAGCAGUUGAAAAAAUAGACCUGGAAGCAGCUUUACUCCCCUACAUGCAUCCCCUCUCUAUCUCCUCUUUCCUCGAAGAUUGCUAUCUUCCCUUGUUCUCUUUCGUCGCGGCAAAGCCUCCCCACACACGUACCCCUCUUGAACGCAACUACAUUGACUCUAUUGAAAAAUCGAUUGAGGCCAAAGCCACCGAACAGAUCCCAAAGUACUUUUCGGAAACGCCGCUUACGGGGACCACCAUCGGGGCGCACUACGAUUGGCGGUUCUUCAGCGGCCUUACCCACCAGAACCUUGCCGAGCAGCGUAUCGUGUUACACCACAUGCUCCGGACCUGGCUUAAAUUCACGGGUGAGUUUGGGUUCACAACCUGGCUCGCACACGGCUCGCUCCUCUCAUGGUACUGGAAUGGGUUGUCCUUUCCAUGGGAUAACGACAUGGACGUCCAGAUGUCGUUGGAAGCGCUCCAUGCGAUGACGUUGCAGUUUAAUCAGAGCUUGGUCGUGGGCCUAGACGAAAGCUACGACAACUAUUUGCUAGACGUGGGAACGUAUAUAACCGAACGAAGCCCUGGAAACGGCAAAAACAGCAUUGACGCACGGUUUAUCCACACGGGAACAGGCUUGUACAUUGAUAUAACUGGAAUUGCGUUGACAAGUGCCACCCCGGGCCUCCUCUACACCAAGUACUUGGAGGACCAGUGGGUGGAGCUGGGUCUCCCGGGGUCAUACGCAGAGGUAGUUCCGGAGCAGCGCUUGGAUGCCCACACGAAAAUGAAUAUGCUUAAUGACCGUAAGGGCCAUUGUAUCGCUUUAGAGCAUCUCACACCGUUGCGCCAGACUAUCGUGGAGGGCACGCCCGCGUACAUACCCCGCGGCUUCCAGCGGGUCUUGGAGAAUGAAUAUAUGGGGGGAUUGACCAGGAAAGAGUUUGAUAACUACGUUUACAUGCCCCAAUUGCGCAACUGGAUCAGCCGCAAGGCUUUCGACUGGUACCCCGAUAUGGACGAGUUGAGCGACGAGGCUAUUCGGGUGAUGCUUCAGGAGAAUGUGGAGAUCUUGGAUGAGAUGUAUGCUACGCACGUCUUGACCCGUCUUCACGAGCACGAGAUGAAGGAGUUGACUGAGGAUGAGUGGGGAAGUGAAAAGUUGAUUGGCACCAACCAGGGGAUUGGAUCGAUGAGGCAUGAUUUGUUUGAGUAUCGCGAGAGGUUGGCAGGAAAGGACGAAGAGAGAGCUGCGGAGGUACGGUUGGUAUAUUAA